CAACCACUGCUCUGGUGGUCCCCACUCUUACCCAGUGUACAUCUUGAAGUAAUUUAACACGUGAGGUUUACUCUAUUGAAACAAGAAAUACCAUUGCGAAAUUCAAACGAGAAGUUUUGUGUUUGGGCAUUAAACGAUGUCAGGCGAUAAAGAGAAAGUGAUAAUCGAUACAGAUUGUGGAGUGGACGAUGCGCAAGCAAUAGUGAUAGCUUUGAGUAAACAAUUUUCUGAUACGAUCGACGUGAUAGGAAUAACAUGCUGCUCAGGAAAUGUGUUUGUUGAUCAAGUCACCAUAAAUGUUUUGAAAGUUCUUACUGUCCUUGGAAGACUUGACAUUCCUGUGUACAAGGGAACUGAGAAACCAUUGAUACCUGUGGAUUUUGAUGCCACUCAUAUUCAUGGAGAAGAUGGACUCGGUAAUGUUAAAGACAUUCCUGAACCAGACCCAAGCAUGAUGCAGAGUGAAUCUGCAGUCAACUUCUUAACAAGAAUUAGCCAAGAAAAACCUGGAAAUAUCACUUUACUUGCUAUUGGACCAUUGACGAACAUUGCAUUAGCAUGUAAGCUACAACCCAACUUUGGUAAAUGUUUUAAAAAGUUGGUAAUAAUGGGGGGCAACUAUCAAGGUAUUGGAAAUACUGCAUUAUGUGCAGAGUUCAACUUUCAUUUUGACCCUGAGGCAGCACUUGUUGUGUUAAGUGAGUUUACAUGUCCAAUAAUAAUGAUCACCUUGGAGUUCAGCAGAAAUUAUUUGAUGCCUCAAAUAUUUCUAAAUGAAUGUUAUGGUCAAGAUACUGCUUGCAGUAAUUUAUUGAAGAAAAUUACAACAAAUUCACGUCAACUUCAUACUGAUGGAAAAUAUGGAUUACCCACAGAUGUGAAUGUGCAUGAUGAGUUAGCAGCUGCUGUUUUAGUCAAUCCUAGCAUUAUCAUUUCAUCAGAACAUGUGUUUGCAACUGUUGAAUUACAAGGAAAAUACACUCGUGGACAAAUGGUUAUAGAUUGGAGGAAUGUGUUGAAGAAAAGAAAGAAUGUCUGCAUCAUUAAAGAAAUUGACUUUGAAUCAUAUAAGUCAAUUUUUCGAAAAGCGCUUCUGUAAAUUGAUUUCUUUUGUGAUUUUACAUACAUUCAAAGUUAAACAUUUGCUUUGCUGAAAAAUCAUGCAGCCUUGCUGACAAUGUACUAUUUUAAAAGCAAUUGCUCAUUUGAGAGUAGCAAGAUUGUAGAAUCAGUUAAAAAGAUGUAGAGAUAGUAAAUCUGGAAGAACUGGCUUUGACAGUGCAGUAUGCCGAUUGCAGAUGAUUGAAACAAAGGAAGGGGGGGAGGUUGUUUGUCUCUAAAGAAAUUUAGCUUUGAGCUUUUGAGAAUCGGCAGAGCUUAUUAUUAAUUCAGGAUCAAAGUGGAAAUUGUUAGAAAUUUUAAUAAACGUGUUACUAUUCCA